AACCGCUGUUAAAUAUAAAAGAAGAAGAACAUUAAACCAAUCAUCAGGCUGAAUCUCACGCAUGCGCAGCGGAUCACUCAAACGUCCUGGCGGUAAAAACGAAGAGCGAAUGUCAAUAAACAAAAUCAGCUACUGUACCUCAGUAGUUGAGAAUUUAAUAAGAGUGACACGCCAAUCAUCAAGAUACCGUCAUGUCUCAUAGCAGCGAUUCCGUGCUGUUCUCCACUCUGGGUAAAGGAGACAGCUUACAUCAAGAAGUUUUAGCAGCAUUCCCUCUGUGUCAGAUGACAGAAGAGGAUUUGAUCCAGAAUCCUUUGCUGUGUAAAUUACUGGCCACUCUGUCCCAGCAUGUAGACCGAACUGGACUCACGCAGCAGCUGAAGAAAGAUCUUGAGAAGGCUGAGCGUGAGGUGCACACCCAGAGGUUGGGUUGGCUUCAUGUGGAGAGCGUUUACAGAGUUCUGCAGGAGAUCCUUCAGGAGAAUCGCUUCAGUAGAAACUCCAGCACUCCACCAGAGGAAGAGAAGUUUUACAGCACAUUGGAACAGUGUAUGUUGGUGGGGCAAUGCAGCACACUUUUGAACAGCAGCUCAGAUAUCAUUGAAGAUCCCAGUACAGUUUUGGCACUUUCUGUGGACAGAUUGAAAAGACAAUUACCUGAUGAACAGGAGAUUUUACAAAUGAAGCAAAGGUUGCCAUCAGAACUGCUGAAGCAUCUGAAGAAGAAAACCAUCAACAUACUGUCGUACUAUCAGCCUGACUGCGAGAAUGAAAGCGAAGGUCUCAGAAAUGUUAAGCUUUCCAAACUUCCUGUGCUGUUGGACAGUGAACAGAAGAAAGCGAAGAGUCUCAGUGAGAAGAACCGAGAGAACAUCACAUUACUACAACGACAGACUCAUGCUUACCUCUCCGAGCUGCUGAAAUGUAUGAAGAUCCUGCAGUGUCUCAUCCUGGAUCUCCGACUGAAAGCUCAGAAAGAACUGGAUAGAAAAAAGAUUGAGUACUUUGAAGCCAAAUGUGAGAUUGGUUUGCAGAAGAUAAGGGCAGAGAUGCUCGAAGUUCAACUUGACACCUACACAAGAGACAAGAUCGCUGCUCAUAAAAGAAUUACAGAGAAACUGAAUGCAGAGCUGAAAUCUUCUGAGAUGGAGAAACAGACGGUGGAGUCCAAGCUUGCGUCCUUUGAGAUCUAUGGGAAGGAUUUUGAGACUCUGGCUGAGGAAUACUCACGGCUCCAACAGGAGAUCGCCACCAAAUCCUGGGCACUGAAAGAAUUUACCACAUAAAUGCAGGACGUCACGUUUCUUUAGAUUAUAAAGUUGUUAAUAAGUUUGGUUAGCAUGAUAUGUGAUCUGCAGGCUUUCCUUCACAUCAGAGCAGCAAUUAAAUAAACAAGAAGAGAAAAGUGA